UCAACCUACGUCACCACACCACUUCAUGUUACUUCCGAGUCAAUCCGGCUCAAAAUAUAAAGACGAGACUGGCAUGCGUUAUAGAAUAUACACGUUUAUCAUCGCCUUCGUAGCAGCUUGUACGUAUUUUACCGUCAACAAAGAGCCAACCGAAGCUGACAACAGGUCUGUUUGAGCCAUUUUUUGUUUUAUGUUUGCAAGAAUUUUUAUAAGAAUGUCCUCCUCACUUCCUCGUCACGUCAUCUGGGAGACUGAGGAGCUGGUGGCGUACCUUCACCCCUCCCCCUGGACUCCUGGCACAGUUACCCUGGAGAGGAAGCCUCAUCCUGGGGGAGAUGAGGCUGGAGGCCCAGGGAAAGGAAGUAUCUUCCACCUGGCGGAGAGGGAGUACCUGAGCCUGAUGCUGGGGGCCCGGUCCCUGGGGAGGCUCCUGGGUGAGAGGCUGGGGGUCCGGAGGUGUGCCCUGGUCUCCAAGCCUCACAGAGACUCACCUGCUCAGAUCCGUCUCCUCCCCCUGCACGGCCUGGGGUCCGAGUGGCACCCCCACCUGGCGAGGGAGGAGCGCUUCUCCCCUCACGAUCCCGGCUACAUCACCUCCCUGGGCGGCCCCCUCCGGCCCCCCGCCCACCUCCUGGAGCUCCAGGCUAAGAUCCGAGCCAGGCUCCCGGCCCCCGACGCCCCGCCGGACCUCACCUUCCUGGGGGAAGACCCUCGGCACGCCGGCCUCUUCUCCAGGAUCGUGCGUGGCGAAGAGCAGCAGUGGAGGGUGUGGGAGGACCGGGGCCACGUGGCGUUCCUCACACCCUUCCCCAACUCCCCCGGGCUCACCGUGAUCGUCCCCCGCCGACCUCUGACCUCCGACAUACUCCGACUCGAAGAGGGGGAUUACACGGAGCUCGUUCUGGCAACCCGGAAGGUGUCUCUGCUCCUGGAGGAGGGGUUGGGGGCAUGGGGAGUGGGGCUUAUCUUCGAGGGGUUUGAGAUUGACUAUGCCCACGCCAAAUUGAUCCCACUAAUAACCCCUCCAGCAGGAGAGGAGGCGGGCCCCAUCGCCAGCCUGCCUCCACCCCAGUUCUACCCCGUCUAUCCUGGGUACGUGAGCUCUGAGGAUGGGCCUGAGGCCAGCCCGGAAAGCCUGAAGGAGCUACAGGUUAGAAUCACGCAGGCUUGAGAGAUAUUCCGGAAGCGUGGACUAAAGCUUCUGGAAGCGCAAAAUUAUUCCAGUUAAGACAAGUUCAUCACCCAAUAUAUAUGGACAAGUUUAUAUUUUUGUCAAGUUCAAUUUAUUAAAUAAUUUGAUGUUUUUUGUAAUAUAUUACUUGUAUGAAAUCUCAGCUGAUUUGAUAUUUUAUUUUUCAAUCAUCUACAAUCAUUUAGAUACAUUAAUACACAAUUACGUACACAAUAUAUAAUAGCUUUACCAGACUAACACCACUGAACUGUAAUGUGUUAGAUCUCCAAUCAAGAUGGACAGAACAUUUAAAAAUAAACAAAAACAAUGAAAGAUUACUCUGUAGUUACUCUAAAUUCCACCGUUUCCAAGAAAGGCUGCCAUUAAUCUCCUAUUAUAUGCCUUAAUGUAGACUCCUCCUGAGUCAUAACUUACUGCCUAAACAUCAUCGUCAUCCUGGUUAUAGUAGUUUCUAUACUAGUUCAACCGUGUUAUUAUCAACAGCAUUGAAUUGAGCCCAUCUGUUCUCUCCUUAACGAGGCUCCGUGCUGCCCUUAAUUGGCUCCUAACGAGGCUUUAACCAGCGUCUGAUUGGUCCCUCUGGGGUUUAAUUAAGAGGUGUCCUUAAUGAGGAGUUAAGUGGUUAUUUAAUGUGGCUAUAUUCACAACGUUUCCCCAUGCAUUAGCUAAUAUGCUGCAGAGAGAUGGGACGACUGUGAACAAUGUUUUUGCACAACCAGUCUCUCUCUUACUUUCUUUCUCUCUCUUUUACUUUCUCUCUCCAUCCCCUCCUUACCUCAGUCAUCCCACCUCUUUCACCUCCACCCAAC